UCCACAACUCGGCUGGGCUGAGAAAUCUAUCCAAACGACUCCAAGUGUGGCUCUCCAUUGGGAUGUGUUUUAAUACGCGUUUAUGGACUUCAACGAAUUUCCGACCACUGUGAAUCCCCUUAAAGGCUACUUGAAGUGUCUUUCGUGCACCAUUUCGAUGAACGCUGAGCCAAGAGCAGCGCUGCGUAAAGCCAAAUAGCCUGUGUGGACACCAGUCGAUAUUCGGCGGCGUGUGUAAGCGCGAAAGAAAAGGUCUAAAUGUGAGUGAGUCCCGGAACGCUAUUUGGAAGGAAAGGCAGCUAUAGUGAGACGCAAAAGUUUAAAGAAAAGUUGAGAGAAAGGGAAAACGUUGUGCUUUUCAUGUGAUUGCGCGCUUAUUCUGCGCAUACAUCACUUUUAUUGGUCCAUCCGGUGAAAUUUGAAUACAUUGGGAAGAGAAGAAUCAGUAAAAGGCGUAUGAAAAUCUUUCUGCAACUACUCUUGGCUGUAAAUAACCUGUUGAAUGAGCAGCUCGUCCCAGGAGUGUAAGUUAAAUGAUGCUGACUGCUGCUAAAACCACAAUUGACAGGAGAUCAAACUAAGACAUCUGACAGCCACUGAAUUAUCACUCCUCUCUACACAUCACAUCUGACUGUUAGUUGACCCUUUCAUCAACGCCCAACACUUGUGAAGAAGCUCCCUUGUUGACACACCUCAUCAGCCAGGCAGAAGUGGCGUCAAUCGAAGACAAAAUAACUGAAUGAGUGCUAACCAUUGCCUGGAGCUGCUCAAACAAAAGUAGCAACAUGCUGGCACAGUUCCCAAAUGCACCAUUGCCCCAUUCAAAGCUGCAUUUAAUUUAGAAAAUUCUCAGCAAUAUUGUCAUUUCUGUGACGAAGCAUCAGCUGUAAAGACAAAAAAAAGUUCCACAGACACCAUACAGAACUAGAUCAGAGAUGCUUUGGCCCGCAUUGUUUACUCUGCAAGCUGUGUGCACCAGUGUGGCACAUGCCAUGCAACAUUACCCGGCAGCCUGGGGACACUAUGAUGUGUGCAAGUCCCAGAUCUAUACAGAGGAGGGCCUGACGUGGGACUACAUGGCCUGUCAGCCAGAAGCCACCGACAUGACAAAGUACCUGCGAGUGGCCCUCGACCCCCCAAAUAUCACGUGUGGAGAUCCGCCAGAAACAUACUGCGCUUUGGAGAAUCCUUAUAUGUGCAACAAUGAAUGUGAUGCUACCACUGAGGAGCUGGCUCAUCCUCCAGAGUUGAUGUUUGACUUUGAGGGUCGCAAUCCCACAACAUUUUGGCAGUCCACUUCAUGGAAGAAAUACCCAAAGCCCCUCCAGGUUAACAUCACGCUGUCGUGGAACAAAACCAUCGAGCUGACCGACGACAUCAUACUGACCUUUGAAUCAGGCCGACCGGAGCAGAUGGUCCUGGAAAAGUCACUCGACUACGGCCGGACCUGGACCCCGUACCAGUUCUAUGCCACUGACUGCCUGGACGCCUUCACCAUGGAACCCAAGACAGUCAACGACCUCACCCAGCGCACCCUGCUGGAUAUCAUCUGCACUGAGGACUACUCCCGUGGCUACGUGUGGAAGAAUGAUAAGACAGUACGUUUUGAGAUAAAGGACCGCUUUGCCCUCUUUGCCGGGCCUCGGCUACACAACAUGGCCUCACUUUACGGCCAACUGGAUACCACCAAGAACCUAAGGGACUUCUUCACCAUCACUGAUCUGAGGAUUAAGCUGCUGAAGCCAGCCACUGGAGCCACCAUGGUGGAUGAGAAUAACCUGUCCAGAUACUUCUACGCCAUCUCUGACAUCAAGGUGCAGGGCAGGUGCAAGUGUAACCUGCAUGCCAACAGCUGUGUGUUUGACAAGGGGAAGCUGGGCUGUGAGUGUGAACACAACACCACAGGGCCAGACUGCAGCCGCUGUAAGAGGCACUACCACGGAAGAGCCUGGAGUGUGGGCUCCUACCUCCCUAUACCCAAAGGAACGGCAAAUAUAUGUAUUCCCAGUAAUCAUGGACCAGUGCAUCGAGCAAAUGCUUCAUCUCUUGGUGUUGCAAAUCGUAACCAAGCUCGGGUGUGUGACAACGCGAUGCUGCGCUGUCAGAACGGUGGCACUUGCCACCACCAUCAGCGGUGCCAUUGUUCCCCUGGCUUCACCGGUGUCCUGUGUGAGAGAGCUCGCUGCCAGGGCGCCGAGGAGUGUGAUGACCACUUGUCUGGACGGGCCUCCUUCCAUCAUCCCCCCAUCAGCCAGCUCGCUUUUACCCUUGUAGUACUCCUGCUAUUGAUAGUUUCCCUUUGCUGAGAGACCUGAACAGCCUCCCAUCCUCAAACAAAACCCUAAGUACACAUGUGUUGAGACUGAACUCUCAACCUUAAGCAAAUCAAGGACAAAGGCUGUGACAAUGUGCUCAGCAUACAAUAUAAGCAACUAUUUUGUAUAUCCAAGGCGACAGUGGUGAGUGUUGCAACAGGUUGUGCACUGAUCAUAUACUGAAUGCUAGAUGGAUUUGUGAAAGGCUCGGACUACUGUCUUAUAAUGUCACAGAGGAAGCGGUUGGAUCCCUCGCUUUGUGAUUAUGUCAUUGGCUGACACUUCAUUAAAGGCAGACUGGAGACUCAGAUAGAGCUACCCACAGUGAGAGACUGUACUGUGUUGUACAAAAUUAGACACAUGAUUUCUAAGUAUCAUCUGAAGUUAUUAAAAAAUGAUUAUGUGGACGGGGACAUCUUAAAACAUCUUGCCUCACUGCCUCUUUCCUUACUUGCUAUCCUCUUCAUCUCCUUUCCUAACUCUUCCCUUUUUCUUUCACCUUCUCCUCCCUGCGCUUUUUUGACUCUGGUGAUUUUAAUUUGCUGAAGGGUGUCUGUUGUUUUGCCAAAUGCUGCACAUGUAUUAUUAUCAUCAAGGCCCUUGACAAGUACCAAUGUAGUACUUCUAGUAUUUCCUUUAGCCUACUUUUUCAGAGGCUUUGUAGUCAUGCUUGAGCUCACCUGUUUGUUGGGGGGGGAAGUUGUAACAUACUGUAACUGUAUUUAAUUUUUGUAUAAAACAGAUAUUUUCAUGACUACGCAAAACAAAAAGAUGUAUUACUUGUUUUCUAUUGCUGCCAACCUGUCCUAGAUGUGGACUGUGAGUGUGCAGAGUUUGGCUGUAUUAUUUCUUGCUUGUGUGGCACAUGGUUCUCUUUAUUUGAGAGCUGCUGUCAAAACUAUGUUUACAUACACACUUACACAAUACACUUCCACCAAAGGGAAAAAGAAAAAAAACAUGUCUUUGUCUUGUUGUUGAACAGUAGUAAUCUUAUUAAGUAGUAACAUGACAUUUGAGACAAGAUGUGUAGAAUAAAACAGUGUAUUGAUUGUAGAUAGGUACAAGCCAAUGACAAUAGCUGAAUGUCAUUUUAAAGGAUUUUUUUAAGCUAUCAAUGCCAAUCGUUGACCUAUUCACUGAAGCAACAGUUGCUGGUAGCAAUAUAUCAACAAUCAACAACAAAUUAAUUCCUAGUUCUAUAACUACAGUUGCUUUUUUUAUGUGUUGUAACCAUCCUUGUUGUGCUCAUGAAACAUAAAAAAUCUCAAGUCAAAAUCCCAUCUGCUAUAUGUAAAUUUAACGAGAAGACUUCGACAAAAAGGAGAUUGCAUGGCUGUCGCAGAGGUUGUCCAUUUCAAAUCUGUAAUCAAAUCUAAUCCUUGAAUCAAAUGGAAGGAGAGGAAGGUUUUCUGAGCUGGUACGGUUAAAAGCCUGCAUCCUGCUGCGGGAGCCUCAGAGAAGUGAGGUGCUAAGGUAAUGAGCUUUAAUUCAUGGAGGGUCAAUGAAUAGAAAUGAAGUCGCAUCCCACUGGGUGACAUACUGAGCACUGAGACCAAUUUCAUUUGAGAGAUUAAUUUCUUUACAGAGGUCGUCAUGAAACACCUAAUUGUGUUAGAGUCUACUGUAAGUGCCUCUCAUUAAAUGACACUGUCGAUGAAAAGAGUAGCAAAUGCAUUUUUUGACAGAUAAAGCAACUUUUGGAAACUAAAAUGAGGUACUUUAUAUGGGCUAAUACAGUGUGUGACAUAAUUGGAGAGGAAUGGAUGGUAUUUAUUUACCAGAGCAAAUAUUACAUUUUUGGAAGAAAAUGUAAUAUCUGCUGCUCCAGAUCUGCUGGAUGACCAUGAAACAAGAACAAGAAGCAAUUAUAUGAUGCCAAUUAAUUUCAGAAAAUAAAAAUCAUCCUUAAAGUGUCCAUAUUAUGCUAAUUUUCAGGUUCAAAUUGU